AAUAGUAAACAAAUCCCUAUCAAGUCGAGGUUUGAUUCUACGUAUUCUGGACUUAUAAUAUUAUAAUCGUUACUAAGGAAAUGGAUCUUAAUAUAAUGGACAAACUGCGUAUUCUGAAGAUAGACACAGAGUUGCGUCCGCAAAUAAAGAUGAAAGCCAUGAGUAGAUAUUAUUUUGUGGCGCCUACGAAUCCCGUAGAACAGUUCUUCGUCUUCGCAUCUACAGCUGCGUGGCUUAUAAGAAAAUCUGGCAAAGACUUUGAUCAACCGAACGAGGAAGAUGAUCCUAAUGCAAUCAUCGCUGCCGUUCUUGAUGUUAUUCGGGAGAAAGAUAUAGCUGUGGACUUCUCAUCUCAUAAACUCAAGCAAGGUUGCGGAGACCAAGUUUGUUAUAUCCUUAACGUUUUGGCUGACGAAGCCUUGAAGGUUGAAAAUUUCGAAUGGCUGAAACCUGUUGUUGAUAUUAAUGAGUCGGAAGAAAUUACAGACGACGUUGACCAGGUUGAGGAUGAAACUGAAAUCAUUUUGGAUAAAAUAGAAGAGGAAAUGGCGAUUUAUUCUGAGGAAUCUGAGGGGGAGAUUGAGAAGGAGGAGGAAAAAGAUAUCAACCUGACUACUAGAGUUCACGAUUGGGAAGCUUGGAAAUUAGAAUUGGAGAGGGUUGCACCGGCUUUAAGAUUAAAGGUAUCCAUAGAUGGGCGAGAUUGGAGAGCGAGGCAUGCACAAAUGAAGACCUACAGAGAUGAACUAUCCGAAAGAUUCAAAACGACUGGGUCACAGUUAAACAAAGUCUACAGCAACAUCACUUCAGUCAUGGACAAAAUAGGAGCAAGAGAGAAUGUACUGAACGAAAGACUCGAACCGUUGGUCAGGGAAUACGGAUCUCUCUUGGACGAAUUGAACAAAGUCACCAAUGAGUAUAAAGAGGCGAGUGUCGGCGUCACCGAGAGACAGGAAGUACUGAAUGAGCUGACAUCCAAGGUUGAGAACAUGAAGCAAAAGACCGAAUCACGCGGUUCGUCCAUGAACGAUAACUCGCCGUUGGUGACAGCAAAAAAAGCUGUCGACACUUUGAAGAAAGACAUCCAAGAGCUCGACUUCCAGAUAAUGAUUCUGCUCUGGCUGUUGAUAUCCAAGGAAAACCCGAAAAGUGGCAACUACUUGACAUACACUGAGACCCGUUUCGUUGGCGCUGAAGUUUAUUAGGACUAUAUAAAAAAUGAAACACAUUCAUUUAAAAAUGUUUUAUUAAUACUAUGUUAUUAUAAAAAUAAUGAUACGAUGAAGAUGUUAGGCUUAAAUUAUAAUUAAAAUAUAUAAUAUCUAUAUUAUUUGUAUUACAAGGAACAUUGGGUGGAAACGUAUAAAGGUACUUUUGAGAUUGCUUUCCUAAUUAUUUAUCUAAUAUAUAAUGCUAGCUGAA